UUCGUUAAAUAAAAUCGUUUUGUCUGGUGUUUUGUGUGCGACUGUGCCAGUGGGAAAAGAUUUUCUUUUUUUCCUUUUUAAAAAACAUUUUAAAAGGCAAUUUGUUUAAUUAAUAUAGAAAAAUGCUUGCCAAUUGUGCAACAAAAACCUUGCAAUAUGUGCGCGGCAGUUUGCGUACCAUUGCCAGUUCGGCCGUAAAUCGCAGUGAUAAUUUGUUUGUGCACCGUGAUACUCCCGAAGACAAUCCAGACAUACCAUUCGAAUUCACACCAGAAAAUAAGAAGCGUGUUGAAGCUAUCUUAAGCAUAUAUCCCGAAGGACACAAACGUGGUGCCAUGAUUCCCUUAUUGGAUUUGGCUCAACGUCAAUACGGUUGGUUGCCCAUUUCGGCCAUGCACAAGGUAGCCGAAAUUUUGGAAUUGCCCAAUAUGCGUGUCUAUGAAGUAGCCACUUUCUAUACCAUGUUCAUGCGUAAACCAACCGGUAAAUACCACAUUCAAGUAUGCACCACCACACCCUGCUGGUUGAGAGGUUCCGAUGAAAUUCUAGAAACAUGCAAGAAAACCUUAAACAUUGGUGUUGGUGAGACCACUAAGGAUAUGAAAUUCACCAUUUCCGAAGUAGAAUGCUUGGGUGCUUGUGUUAAUGCUCCCAUGGUAGCUAUUAACGAUGAUUAUUAUGAAGAUUUAACCGCUAAAGAUAUGCAAGCUAUUUUGGCUGACUGCAAGGCUGAUCGCGUCUCUCCUCCUGGUCCUCGUAAUGGCCGUUUCGCCAGUGAACCUAAGGGUGAACCCACCUCUUUGACAGAGGAACCCAAAGGUCCUGGUUUUGGUAUUCAGCCCGGCCUUUAAAUUAUCCUCAUAUUGUUAAUGCGAUAUAUAGAAAUUUUUAAAAUAAAUCUAAAAGAAAUUUA